CGACGGACUAAGUUGCUCACUACUCGUCUCAGCGAGCACUCGACUCGGAUUCUCCUGCCUGCGUGUUGUUGUCUCCAACGAGAACAGGAGAGUGUUACACAUCGACUGGAUCUGGGGACGAGGAAAGAAAGAAGAGGAAAGAAGGAAAGAAAGAAAGAAAGAAGGCACGGCUGAGAGGGCCAGACGACCGGUCGCUCUUAUAACCUGUCAAGAUGUCGGCACUGUUCAAUUUCCAGUCACUCCUGCUGGUCUUCCUGCUCAUCAUCUGCACAAGCACGUAUGGGCACUCCAUUAUGCCGGGAAUCAUGGACCGCAACCAGAGCGGCUUCUUCGGGAUCUUCUGGAAAUGCGCACGGAUUGGCGAGCGGCUGAGCCCGUAUGUCAGCAUAUGCUGCGUGGUGAUGGCUGUCUCCAUCUUCUUCGGCGGCUGAUUGGGCGGGCUUGCGUUCCUUACGAUCUCAGGAUAGCAUGGUGGUCAUUCUACCAGGCACUGGCGUUACUGUAGCUUCUUUUACUGCUUGCGUUUUUGCUCGGGAUUCAUCCCCAUAAUUAUCAUGCUGCAUAUCGUACAUACAAGGUGCUGUCUACGGAGUACCAUCCAGGGAAUUCCAUCUAUAUACGUU